AUGCAAAGCGGAGACUACGUGUGUCCGGCUGGAGGCAUCUACAGAAGAGACGCAGUGCUAGGGCGGUGGAUGCCCGUCCCAGAAGAGUGGGCUCUUGGUGAACUUUUGUUUUCAGGGGGCAAGGGGCUUUCUGCACAGUGUGAGUUUUGUUUUUCUCAAAGGCCCCCGACGAUCCCUCUGGGCCCCACAGCCUCCCUGAGCGCCAUCGGGCCCCUAGACAAGGAUGCGUCCGUGUACAUAAUGGACACUCUCGCCAGAAACAACGCGUACAUACCAAACCACCGCCUGCUGGGGCUUAUCUCCGACGAAGCAAUCCUGGGCGCAAAAGACGCGCUCCCCCCAUGCAUAUUCAGCGAAGAAGGAAAGACGAAGGAGCACCAAAGAGCAACGCUGGAGAGGAUUCUGCAGAUACAGCGCCGGCUUGCGCGGCUGGGCGACCACAGCUAUGCGCACGAGGAGAUUGCGCGCUUGAAGCUCGCAAGGCACCUGGAGGAGGCGGGCUAUACAAUGCACGGGAAGCACGUAGUUAAGAAGAAAACAUAUAUAUCAUUUCUACAAUACGUGGAGAAUCACACCCGUGCAGCAUACUGUGCCAUAGAUGCAGAGACACACGGACCAAUAGACAUGGCCAGGUUGCGCCCUGUCAAAGGCAGAAAGGGCGCUGGACCAAUGAAAAGUGACAGGCAGCAGAGAGAUCUCUGUAGUGAAGGCUUCUGCUCCGUGCGCGCAGGCUGGGGCGCCCCGCUGCCAAAUCUGCGCAUUGAUCUUCCCAUUGCAGUUGUAAAGAGUGUGCUUUGCAAAAAAAGAGCAGAAAGGCGCAAACACGUGGCAGCCGCAAUACACGAGCAUGCGCGAGACGUGGGCUCGCUGGGAAGCAUGUCUUCCUUCUAUGCAGGCCUUUUUGCCAGGCAUCCGGAGAUGCAGGCCGAGCUGGAGUAUCUGGAGGUUGACCUGCGGGCCGAGUAUGCGCGAGUCCAGGCGGAGGCUGCCCUCCUAAGCGAGACCGAAGAGGGCGAGAUAAAGUAA